AUUUUGAGCAGCUACAACAACUGUCGGUACUGCUGACAUCAGCGUACAAGUGAUCUCGUAGUCCCGUUGAAUAUCGAAAAGCCUUGGCGUUUAAUCUCCCAAACCUUCCACAUAAGUUGGCACCAUGGACGGCCAAAACCUUGACUUCUCGUGUUUUACCUUUCAAGAAGCCACGAUCGAGGAGAGAUAUCAAUGCUGGCGAUCAAAUAGUGAGUCAUGGGCGGGAAAGCUCAGCGUUGAAGACCACGUAGCGAGAGAAGAGUGGAAUGGCAAACAGAGCCUGACCCGGGAUGGUGGGCAGCGGUACUGGGUCUUCAAAGGACCGAGGUAUCGCGGAGCUCAGGGUGAAACAAACAUUUAUUCAUCCGUUGAGACGUUAAAGAAGGAAGUUGUGCUGAAGUUUUCUGAUGGAACGGUCAAGAAUACCAUCGCAUAUGGUAUAGCAAGUGUUUUCACCGCGCCCGAACAUAGAGGAAAAGGCGUUGCAGCAGCGAUGAUGGAACGCUUGGGCCAAUGGCUUGACGGUGACGAAGCGGGGUGUGAACUCAGCAUUUUGUAUUCCGAUAUUGGGGAGUACUACGCAAGAUUGGGAUGGCCGUCUUAUUCGUCGCUGGAGGUGAUAUUACCCUCAACUAGUAACGCCCCGUCCAUUGCCAUUGAAAGCUUGACUACCAAGACUGUGAAAGAAUUGGCAACAGAUGACGUGAAGCGAAUGAACGAAAAGAUUAUUUCAUCUCCAAUUCCGGCGGGUAUCGACGUCCUUGUGGGAUUUCUUCCAACAUACAGUCAAGCUGAGUGGCAUUUCGCUAGUGAAGAAUUCACUGCAUCAAAGCUUUUCAACGAUGUCCGAAUACCGUUUGUCAAAGGAGCAAUGAACACGGAUACAGGAGUUUGGGCGUAUUGGACGCAUGACUUCAAUGACAACAAGCUCACGAUUCUCAGAAUACACGCAGACAGCACGACUGGAGACAAGCUAGAUCCAAAUAAUUCGUGUCUCCAAACGUCUGUGGUCCAAAUAUUAGGGGCAGCGCAAAAGGAAGCACAUGAUUGGGGAUUGGACAAAGUUGUGAUCUGGAAUCCAAACACUAUUGUCCUCGCUGCUUGUGCACAAAUUAUGGGGCGCGAUAUUGCGCCCAGGAAACGGACCGACAGCAGCGUUCCGUGCUUGAGAUGGAAGCGAAGAGAGGAAAAAAAGGUUUCAUGGUAUCUGAUAGAGAAAUACAGUUGGUGCUGAUGGCUGAAAGGUUUCCUGGAGUUCGUCUAACACGGCAGUUAUUGGCUUUGAACAAACAAUAACUCCUGUGAAGAGCAACAGACAUACUAACGUUUCUAGUAGAUGAUUAUAUAACUAUUAGCCUUUGUUUAAAAGGGACUAUAGAUUCACACAUCAAAACAUAAAUUCCGGUUGACUUGUGCAAUCACAAUAAAU